AUGGGUCAAAACCUCUCCCUCUCCGAACCCUUCGCCGACACCUCGGGCGUCGUCCUCUCCCCCAGCGACCGCCACGCCGACAUCAUCGUCGGGAUAACAUGGGCCUGUUCAGCGUACGGCAUCGGCGUGAUUUUUGCCGCCGUCAGGCUUUUGGAGCGGUGGUCCGGGGAGCACGGCGAAAAGGGAGUCAAUCUGGCGAGCGUGGUGGGAGCUUUUCUGUGCGGAUCAGCGUGGCCUCUGGUGCUUAUUUAUCUGAUGGUUACGGAGAAGGAGACGAGGAGGGGGGUGCAGGGGUAUCCUGGGACAAUUGGGGUUGGGAAGGUUUAG